CCUAAUUAAAACAAGAGGAAGAUUCCAUUUUACUCGCAAGAAUUUCAUCUUUUUGCUUUAUUUUGACCAAGUUGAUACAAAACUUCAUAUUUAAGACCCAAAGUCCUCCAUUUCUCUUUUUCAAUCAAACAAAUCCCCCUCCAAAAAAUCCCCAUUAACCCAAAAUUUUCAAAUGUUUCAUCCAUUGAUCUGUGGAGCUUCUAAUCGUCAAGAAGAUGCUGAUUAUGAUCAUAAAAGCCAUAACAAAGACAACAACAAGAACCCAUAUUCCGGCCGUGGUCUCGACAAGUUUUCUGCACUUUUAUCAGAGCUUGAAGACAAGAAACAAAAGAUCCAUCUACAGACAGGUUCUCGAGACAUAUCCAUGGUUCGUUUCAUGUACAAAGAUUCAACAGAUUUUGUCCCUGUCGUUGUAAAGCUCAAAGACAAAGAACCAAAGCCAAAACCUGUUGAAACCAAACAACAAGAACAAGAAGCAUGGGAUCAUAAGCAUUCAAUGGAAACCUUAAGUGAAGCCAAAGAUGUAAUGAAGAAGAUAUCAAGAUUACAACCAGACAAGAAGAAGAACAAAAAAGGGUUUUCAUGGAAGCGACCAUAUUUUUAUUUACCAACAUUUUUUGUGUUGGUUUUGGUGUUAUUAGUGUUCUUUGGAAGAUCGGUUUCGAUAUUGUUAACUUGUGUUGGAUGGUAUAUGGUUCCUACAAUACAAGGAGGGAAUUACAGUAAUGUAAGAAGAGGAAUAAUGAAGAAGAAGAAGAAGAAAGAUCAUGUAAGAAAAUUGAGCAAUGAAUCUGAGGUUGUUCGAAGUAAGUCUUCAUCUCCUGUUCGUGAUUACCAUAAGAAAAGCUGAUUAUGUUGUGUAAUUAAUCUUCUGUAAAUUUUUAGGAUUUUUUUUAAAAAAAUUAUAUUUUUUUUCAUUCUUUUUUUGCUUUUGGUUGUGUUUUUGGUGUUGAAGGACUCAAUUCAUUCUUUUGACAAGCUCAACUGUCUAAAUUCUUCUCUGUAACUUGAAUUUGAUAAUGGGAGCUCUGCCCUAAAUAAGUGUUGGAUUUUAGUCAAGAAAAUUCUAGAUUUAGUUUUAAAUA